AGGCCAAACGCAUCCUUGAAAAAAACCAGAGAUAAAAAAAUAGAGAGGCAGCAAACCCCCCUUCAUUUACUGCUAAAUAGAGAACAAGAAAAAGGUUGUUUAAAUCGAACUAGUACGUCCAUAGAGAUUGGAGGAAAAAAGAAAAACGCCUGAUUCUUAUGCAGGAAAAAAAAACAAAAAAAAACAGAAACAAUAAAUUAGCCUCUGGCAUUUCCAUCCACAGCACAGUAAGAUAUGUAGGCCCCAAAAGAACCAACAACAACAACAACCGGAGAAAGAGAAAACAACAACAACAACGCGCGCUGAUGAAUGUCCAGAAAACGGCAUUUGCGUAUGCUUAUGCGUACGCGUACGCGCGGGAUGAUGGGUGUGGGUGGUAUCCAGCAAACACUCGAGAGAGAGAGGAAACAUUUGAACAAGAGAAGAGAGGAAAAAAAAACAGUAGUCCAAACAAGAGUGGUGUGAGAACAAGUAGAGAGAAAAAAAGACAAGAGAAGAAAAGAAGAAGAAGAAGAAGAACCCCGCCCCGCCUUGCCUUGCUCCCAAUUGCGCCCUGGUCUGAACACUCUAAGAAACACGCACACACAACCCCAAAAAACGUCUUUCUUGGGACCGACCCGCUUGUCCAGCACGCGUUGCGAAAAAGCGACUGCCCCACACAUCUUUUUGCUCUCAGGGAAGGCAAACAAAAACUUUAUCCAACCGCUCUUCUUGCCAAAUGCCAAUCAAGUAUUGUUGUGUUUUGCUGCACAUCGUUGCAAAAAUAAAAAAAACUUGA